CCUCCCGCCCUCCCGACCAGCUUCUCGGCGCCCGGAGUCCAGCCUCCCGGACCUUCGCUCUGCCACGGGGUCGCGGCGCGCCCGGCAGCACAGCGCUCGGCGCCGGCCCCACCCCACGCUCCGGCCGGCACCGGGGGAGCCAAUGGCCGAGGCGGGCAGGAGCCCGGCCGAGCGCCCGCGGGAGCCAGUCGCGCAGGUGGCGGCUGAAGCCUCGGAGCCCGAGGCAUCCGCCCCGCCGCGGGCCCUACGCCGGCUGCCCGGGGACCCGAGCCCCCGGGGCCGCUCCCAGAGCGACCUGUCGUCGUGCUCAAGCAGGGGCCGCCCACUCCGGGUCCACAUCUCCGGCUCAGUUGAUGGACUGGACAAAGCUUCUAUAGCAAACUCAGAUGGCCCAGCAGCGGGUUCCCAAACACCUCCUUUCAAGAGAAAAGGGAAACUUUCUACCAUUGGCAAAAUCUUUAAGCCUUGGAAAUGGAGGAAAAAGAAGACCAGUGACAAAUUUAGAGAAACCUCAGCAGUAUUAGAAAGGAAGAUAUCCACAAGACAAAGUAGAGAGGAGCUGAUAAGAAGGGGAGUUCUUAAGGAAUUGCCUGAUCAAGAUGGAGAUGUAACAGUUAACUUUGAAAAUUCAAACGGGCACAUGAUACCCAUCGGAGAGGAGUCUACCCGAGAGGAAAAUGUAGUCAAAUCUGAAGAAGGUAAUGGCUCUGUAGCUGAAAAGGCGCCACCUCUGGAGGAAAAGGCAGAAGAUAAGACAGAGAACACUGAAAACCUCCCUGAGACGCCGGCAGCUCCUGCUCCACCCCCCUCAACUCUUCCUAAGCCUAAGCCCAAACCUAAGCCCCCCAAAGCUCCUGUGCCUCCAAAAGGGGCUGCUGCUGGGGCCAGCCCCAAGGGUGACGAAGUGCCUCCUAUUAAAAAAAAUACCAAGGCUCCUGGUAAGCAGGCCCCCACCCCUCCACCCAAGCCGACAAGCCGAAACACAACCCGAAACACACCCCGAGAGGCUGCUGGUUCCUCUCAUUCAAAAAAAACAACUGGCUCCAAAGCCUCAGCUUCGCCAUCUACUUCCUCCACCUCAUCUUGUCGAAAAACUUCAAAGGAGACAGUUUCCAGCAAAACAGGGACUGUGGGAAUCACAAAGGGCAAGAAAAGAACUGGCAGGCAGCCCAUGUCUCAACCAUCCUCCGAUGCAACCACAACUGGUACAUCCGACCUUAAAGGACAGCCUUCGGAGACCAAGGUGGAGACUGAACGGACUGUCCCCGGGACCGAGGAGCUGACCACAGGCAAAUCCAAGUCUGCAGUCCCUGCACCCCCAGUGGCUCCUCCACCCCCAGCCCCUCACCUUGUUCUGGAGGAACAGUGCGUUUUUGCCUCAGACACUCCGGUUGUCCUGGUCAGCAAUGCAGCCGACCUGCCCGUCCCUGCCUUAGACCCAAGUCAGCUUCUCUGGACUGAAGAGCCGACAAACAGAACCACUGGCCACUCAGGCACUGGCUUAAGUGUUAGCCGAGAAAAUGCAAAAUGCAGUCUCACAACCAAAGACCAGCUGCUGGCCCCUGGGCUGACGGGAGAGUCUGCAGAACCCUUCUGUGCCCCGGAGGAUGAGAGCCAAAGGGAGUGCCGGGCCAGCGACUCGGACUCCGAUGGGCCUGUCCUGUACACCGAUGAUGACGACGACGAAGAGGAUGAAGAUGAGGAUGGCAGUGGGGAAAGUGCUCUGGCAAGUAAAAUCCGACGACGGGAUACUCUUGCUAUCAAACUUGGCAACAGACCAUCCAAAAAAGAACUGGAGGACAAGAACAUCUUGCAACGGACCUCUGAAGAAGAGAGGCAGGAAAUCCGACAGCAGAUUGGAACCAAGCUAGUUAGGAGACUUAGCCAGAGGCCCACAACUGAAGAAUUGGAGCAAAGAAAUAUCCUCAAACAAAAGAAUGAAGAAGAGGAACAAGAAGCAAAAAUGGAACUUAAACGCAGACUCAGCAGAAAGCUCAGCCUGAGACCCACCGUGGCAGAGCUGCAGGCCCGGAGGAUCCUGCGGUUCAACGAGUAUGUGGAAGUCACCGACUCCCCUGACUACGAUCGCCGGGCCGAUAAGCCCUGGGCCAGGUUGACGCCCGCAGACAAGGCAGCAAUAAGGAAAGAACUAAAUGAAUUUAAAAGCACAGAAAUGGAAGUUCAUGAAGAAAGUCGACAGUUUACAAGGUUUCACCGUCCAUAGUGAGGUGCGAGACUCUUUGGAAACAUAGACUGAUCAUCUUUGGGAGAAGCCUUGCUUCCCGAACACCUGAUAUUGCACUGGGAUUUGACUGUGUGUGUGUUUCCAUUUCACUUGUGGAGAAGAAGCGUGUGGAAAGAGCUCCCCACCUCUACAGCCCAGAUGUGGCCAACAAGCAAAUGAUGAGUGUAGUGACCUUGCUGUCCAGCAUGUGUAUUGAUGGUAAGGGACACAAUGGUUACACCAGUUAUUCUUCAUCAGGGGUUUUAAUCAAAGAAGAUAAGCAGAAGACAAUCGCUGGCUCCCUGUUACCAGAAAGCCAAAUUUUAGAGUGCGGGUUUUAACAAAAGAAAAACGGGGAAUGGAAUGGCUGGGCACUGGAAAGGGGUGGGUGGGGGUUGAAAACCAGAAGAAAGAGAAAAAUUUCAUUAUGUUAAUGAAGCAAAGAAAAAAAUGAAGCGUAAAUGUAUUUUUGAAGUAGGCUUUUGAUAGCUAAGAACUUAUUAAGGGAUUUUGGGAUCUAAUCACCCAGUGUGGAUUCCUUAGAGACCUGAUCCUAGAAGAAAAUUCUUUCACCAUUAUGAUGGUGCUGUAUAGUACCAUUACUUUAUGUUGUGCCAGUGAACCAAUUGCCAGAGAUAAGUCUGAGUGUUUUCAUGCAUCUUUUUCUUAAAUGCAAGAGGCUUUUAUGGUCUCUUAACAAGCAUGCUUACCCAAAUUCUGUUGCAUGCUUUAAGUAGCAUAGAUAUACAUACUUUACUUUUUCUCGUUUAAUACUCCUUACCUAAUGUACCACAAGGGUAACAGGACUGGGAAUAAAGUCAGAUGUGAUGUGACCCUAUUAAACUGUAGCAAGCUUUAGAAAGAAAUAUUUUGGUCUUUCCCUAGCUUACCUUCAAAGUUGAAACAACCAUGCUUGAUCUAAGGAAGAUAAUAUUGACAAUCACAUCUUUUUUAAAAAUCUGAUUCCAAAAUUAAAACUUAAGCAAAAUGCAAGUGUUCUGCCAGCAGAUAGCUCUUAACAGGACUGCAAAGGACUACUUAUUUUCCAUGCUGCAUUAAGUUGGAUUGCUGCUAUUUAAAAAUAUUAAGCACAUGGAUCAAAACAGUACUCAAAGACGUAAAAGAACACAGAAAAUUUUUGCUAAGUUGAGAGUGAGGAGAAUCUCAUUUUGUGCUUUAAGAGCCUGCAGAUUGCAUCCAUAAAUAUAACAUUGAGUUUUAGUGCAAAAAAUGGGUGACUUUAAAGUUAUGGAAGGUCUCCCUAUGAGCCUACAGUCAGUAUUGUUUACAUUAAUAAACCCUCUACUGCCAUCUUGCUAGUUUCCGUGGAGUCACCGGCACAGCACGGCUUCUGCUCCCAAACACAUGUGACCAUAUAUGUACAAGUAUACUACCUUGCAUUUCAUUGUUUUUUCCCACAAUUGUUUUGUGCCCCUUAAUAUUAAAGACACAUAAUUUGUAUAACAAGAAAAGAGCUAAAUGGACUUAAUUUUAUUCUCAGAGCUUGGACUAGAAUUUUCUGAGAGGAUUCUGAUUUCUACUAUGGAAGACUGAUUUUCUAUUUCAACCAAAAAAGCAAACACUUUGUCUGGUAGAUAAAUUUGGAUCUUGCCUCUUAUUGAUAUUUUAAAGACUCACUUGAAACUGGGAUGAUUUUGCCUAAAAGUAAAACUGAUUUGGCCCCAAUUGGUCUGUUACAAAAACCCAGGACCGUUUAUAACUAAGAAAAGUGACCAGCAUCGUUGCACGUCUUGCUGCCCUCAGCCACGUGUGUUAAUGAAACAAACAUAGGUUUCUGCACUGCUGUUAUUUCAUUAAUAAGAUAAGAUGUAUUUUUGCUCUGAAACAAAAAAUGUUUGUGCAUGCCCAAGUGUCUUCAUCUGGCUGAGGUUUUGUCCAUUUCAUAGUGUUUACAGCCAUAGACAUUAUGUAUGUUCUAAUUUUUUACUGAAGUCACCCUCUUAUUUUAUUAUCAUUUUAUUGUCUUAGGGAAAAUACCAAGGCCUGUACUGUUAUUUUAAUUUUCUGUACAUAUGAUUUUUGAACAUGGUUUUGAUUUCGAAUCAAAAGACCUUUCCUCCUUAAAAAUAGUGUAUAAUAUAAGACAUCACUGUUUUAUCCCUAAUUACGAAUGUCACAGAAAGUCCCUAUUUGGUUGAGAAAAGGAACAGCUUUCCCCCCGACUAGUGGUGCAUAUGAUGCAACUUUUUAUUCCCUACAAUGAGAGGCGCCCAGUACAAUAAUGAGGAUCUGGUGCCUCGAUAUCUUGCUUUUCCUGCAGGAAGGUUCAGAUCUGUGAAUUGCCCACACUUUGUCUUCAUACUGAUUUCCAUGCUUAGAGAAAUGCUUAAAUGUGACAAGUUUUAAAGUCCAAAAAUUUAACCACUGCCAGUCUAAUAUUUAAGAACUGGAACCACCAUUUACUUCAUUAGAUCGAUUCUUUAGAUAAAAAGCUGUGGAAAGAAUCGGGGGGGUUGUGAACUAAGCUGUAUGUUGCAGGACAGGCUCUGUUUUUAACAGCGGACUCUACAAGGCAGAAACACUGCGUUUCCACCCCAGCGACCCGUCUAGAGGUCUCUUGCUUGGUGGCCCCGAGCGGAUGUGAAGGUGUGAACCACCCCCCCACCAAUAUAAUUAAGCCUCUGCCUGAGCAUUUCUGCAAUUUCAGCAUAUCUGCAAUCUAACCAAUAAGCUACGGUUCUAUAAAGAUGAUUAAUGUGUGUGCAAAUCGUGUUGUUGUAACACAACUCCAUGUUUUCCCCAAUUUAAAGUGCAACAUUAGGCUAACAUAGAGGAAGUGCAUGGGUUUCCGAGUCCCCAGGAUUUUCUGAUUAAGGAAAAAAAAAACAAACCCAUCUCUAGGAAGGCUUCAGGCAGGAAAGAAUGAGCAAGACUGGUAAGUGCUCUUUCCACGGGCUUUAUCAGCAUCUUUGUGGUCAUUACCAAUCAGUCUGAAAAAUUUGAUCUCUGGCGAGCAGCAUUAAUUUGAAGUGGCUCUGCCUGAUAAUUUCCUGUGUGUGUGUGUGAAAUGACUUGUAUUUUCUAUGGUCAAUGUAAUUUGCCGUUAUGUUAAGUCCUCAAAUGAUUUAUAUGAACUCUAUAAUACUCAGAGAACCAUUUGGGGGUAUUUCAAUAACCGUUUUAAAUGGAGGAAAAGGCAAACUCAUCUCUCUCUGAUUUACCCAAAAAACCUGACUUCCUGGUUUCAUUUUAUAUGCUUUAUUAGCACACUGAUUUUUCACUUAUCCUUUUCUAAUGUUAGCAAAUAUAUUCUAUAAGAAGAAAGUUCUGAAAUUUAAAUGCAAAUCUAUUUAAGGAAGCAGAGGACUUGCAUACCCCCCUCAGAAAUGAUCUAAUAUUGAAAAUGAGAGAUUAGUCCUUAAAACCCAUAAUUCAGGUUUUACACCCGGCAGUUAAUUCAGUGCUGCACUGGCAUUUUUAUAAAAAAAUACCGUAGUAGCUUCAACUUAAAAGAGAGAAAAUUCUGCAUUAACACUGCCUAUCCUGAUUAACUACCACAUUUUACCACGUAACUGGCACUGUAUUUAUACUUAAUGGAGUUAGGCAGACACAACUUCGAAAAUUAUACUGUAUUCACAAUAGAAAAAGGCAGUCUUGUCUACCUCAUAGUAGUAUGCCCACAUUUAAACAGGGAAGGUUUCUUUUCUUCCUUUCUUGCUCAGAAUUUUCUUCCAUCUGUUACUGUUUUCAAGUGCUCCUAGCAGCACAUUUCACAUAGAAUGAAAAAUCUUCACAACAGGUGAGAAGGUAUUAAACUUAGACGAGAUACAUAAAUUUAUGUCACUUUAUCAGUCUGGUAGCUCAAGCAUUCCUAAAUUCCAAUUGUAUUUUUAAGCCUAACCUUACUAGUAAAAAAGUAUAUACUAUGAAACAAAAGCUAAUUUCUCCCCAUCAUUAUUAGAGUAUGCUGUGAACACUAAGGAACCACUUGGAUGUAAUUUAUUACAAGGUUGUCUCUCGGCCUCUUGAAAUAGUUAAUCUUCCACUACUGAGUAUUUGCUCUCUAUGAGUGGGUGGGUUAUAUAAUUUAGCUUUAUUUGACAAACAGAAUCAGCUUCUAGAACUUAAAUAUGUCCUAGAGCGGAAGAUCAUCAAAUUAAUAUGGCCAUCUUUCUGAGAGAGAGCACAUCUCCAGAUAGCUCAAACCUAAGUUUUCAAGAGUACUGUAAGGCUCUACUAUAUAAUUUGGCAGUGACCAAAAGGUGGUAGGAACAAAGGUAAAUACUCCCAAGCCAUUUUCUUUCUUUCUCUCUUUCUUUCUUUCUUUCUUUCUUUUUCUUUCUUUCUUUUUCUUUUCUUUUCUUUUGUAAUCAUGAAGCUUUAGCUCAGUAUGGAAAUCUAGAAAACAACAGAAAUGUAGUCCACUUAAGCUUUUUCGAAGACAGAGUCACCCCAAAUUAACAAAUCCCAUUGUAUAUGCUGUAAGAUUUCUGGCCAAAAAAAAAAGGAGAACCCUAUGGCUAUGGCAGUUGUUCCCACCAAAAGCCAACCCUGCAGGCGAGGAUCGUUUUUUAGCUCUGCUGGGAUUUCCUGCACACCACCGCCCCCCUGCAAAGGAAGGCAGUUCAGUGGCUGCGUUGCUAGCACAGCUGUACAUAUGAGCAAAGCACUGUGGAUUGAUGUCUCUCGAUGGGGGUGCUGUUGGCAUUUGGAGCUGGGUGAUUCUUUGUUGUACAGCGAUGCCCCCACAGUGUAAACUGUUCACUAUCCCAGGCCCCUGCUGACUCAAUGCCAGUAGGAUGCCCCAUUGUUAUAAAAGCCAAACAUAAAAAGGCCUCUCCCGUGUUCAGAUGCCCUCCCAGGAGGGUGGUUGCACCUCCCUUGAACACCGCAGUCUGCUGCAGGUCAGGGCACACAGGAAAAGUGUCUGUCUCCAAACAUCCUCUCGGCUGCCCUCCAUUGCUUCGGGCCCUGUAUCGUUUUGUCCCCAUUCAUUUUUCAAGCCUUCUGCUUCGAUGCAGCUUUAACUUGCCAGUUCUUCGGGGAGGAGGCUACUGGGCAGCCGUGGCAGUUCUAAAGGGCACCUGCACUUGGAUGGUCCCUGCAUGUAUUUAAAGGUGAGGCUUCACGUGAAGCAGACAUUUUCAUGUUUUGAUCUCAGUUUUACUUCAGAGCGCCACUGUUGCUCACAGCCCUUGUGAAGAUCGUGAGGACUGUUGCAUGGCUUAACCACAAACACGAGGGCUGACACGCCACAUACACAAAGCCCGUGGGCCGUGAACAUCGCUGUUCGAUUUUUACCUGGGAAGCUGCAUCCCUUGCGUUCGUUCCAAAACAGCCACCUGCUUAUCCCAUUAAGGAAUCAUUUAAUCCGCAUGCAAAGUUUCAUUGCCCCUGUGUCAAUACAGUCAUGUGGUUCAGCUUUUCUGAGAUUUGUGAAUAUUGAAUUAUGAAGGAAAUGUGGGUGAACUGUGCAUUGCAUGUGUGGUGUUCAUCCUUCAUUGAGGAUCAUGCCCCAAACAGGACAAGUUUUCCCUAGGAAGACAUUGUCUUCCAGAGAGAGUAAGUAAUAUACUUACAGGAAUAUACUGUACAGUAAUAUACUUACAGAGACAUAUACAUUACUGUAAUAUACUUACUGUCUUCGUUGUUUUGUUGUUGUUGUUUUUCACCAAACCUGAAUGGUAAAUGUGUCUUGAAAUGCUUUGGAUGAAUUGUGGCUAAUGGAAUGAAAUUAAUAUAGCCACUAUAAUUUUUUUAAAUAUUCAAAUUUCUAAAAAUCUUUUUUGAGAAAGAGCAACUCAGAAUUGAUAAAAGUGGUUACAUUGUCAACUUUUAGAUGGUGCUUAAGAAUUCGUAUCUCGUUAAAUACCAGUAUUUUUUUUUUCAAUAAUAUAUUGAAGGGAGUAAAUGAGGCAGAAUGCCAUUCCACCCUCAGGUCAAGUUUAUGGUAUAUUAAAAUGCCAAUAAUAUUUGUGCCACUUGCCAAUAUGGGGGGCUUUUCCCUAACUGGACGCUUUUGUUAUGGUUUGACUAUUCCAUUCCAUCACUUAGAGUGCCCCCGCAGGGAGAAGUCACCCUUGCAGUGCGAACUAGGGUUCAGAAACAAUCUGCAUGAAUCUAGGGUCAAACCACUGUCAUUACUUAAAAUAGAGGCACUAAUAUUUUUAUAUAUUUUUAAAUAUUUCUUCUGUGGCGUAGAAAUGUGCCAAUGUGUUUGCAACAUUCUUCACCGAUGCAUCAGAUUUGGUACCUACCCAAAACUCAAGCUAAUCAUUUUCUUGUCUAUGUCACAGUCAUUUUCGAAUCAAGAACUGUAGCUGUUAUUUCAAGGUUUGGUUAAAGUGAGAAGGGUGGUAAACUGUGAUCACUAUUAGACUGACUGACUGAUUCCUGAUUUCCACUGAGUGAUCGAACCCUACAUAUUGCACAGGUAUACUAUCUGUGAGUGUAAAUAACUGGAACUGUAUACCGAUUAACACGACAGUUUCUCUCUUUUUGUGUUGUUGUUCUUGAUCUGUACUGUAUUAUAGCAUUUGUGUAUAAAUAUCUACAAGUACACACACAUAUGUAUAUGUAUUCCACUAUCAUAACCUGAAAGAAAGACUAUGUAUUAUCUUUUUUUAUUCUGUACUGGUGUUUGUGUUAUUUAAAAAGCAAAAUUAUGCUCUAUUUAGUUGUAUAAUAUUAUAGAAUAUCUUGCUGUGCACAAUUCCAAGUGCCUUAGAACAUUGUUUAGCUUUCUUAAGUAUAUAAAAAUGCAUAUAUGUAUAAAAUUGGGAAAAGUUACCUCAAUAAAAUCAUUGGGAAAUCCCCA